GGCGGUAGACAGCACAUCAUGCUUUACUUCCUCAAACAAAGAAUGAGCUAACGUCCAAUCAAACAAGACCUCAGUUUUGAAUGUGAGCUGAUACCGAAAAAACUACAACACCGAUACCAGUUUUUCGGGUCAGGUUUGCAAUUUGGGACUUCGCCCCCUGUUUUGGCUCAUCAUCCGUUUUCAAGCCCCAGCCAUCUUUUUUCGACAGUUGUUUCAUGGGAACCCAGGAGGGAGAGAGAAACUGGGUUGAUGUGGCAAACAAUCUGCUCAGCAGGUGUAACAUAAACCUGAAGUUGAGCACACUGUCGGAGUGCGGUCCGGAUGUUUUCGUCACUUUGUACAAGACUAUCCUUGGGGAGACGGUUCCAGAUUAUAUUGCCUCAGCGAACAGUCAAGAGGACGAUGUCCACAACGUUCAGUCUGUGAUCGACUCUCUGUCUCUGGAUUACCUUCAGAUCAGCCUCUCACACAUCACAGGAGAAAAUGUUGUCAGCGGAGACAAAGAGUCGAUCAAGAACCUCCUGGAAAUCUUUGACGGCCUCCUGGAAUACCUCAACGAGGAGCUGAACGAGGAGACGCAGAACGGUGGCACGCAUGAACCUAAUGAGGAUGAAGCUGAUGAGAGCAAGAAGCCGGCCAACCUGGAGACGCAGCAGGAGAGGAGAUCAGUUUCACCCAGUGUAGAAAACUCGGAGGAAACUGGAUCGGCUAGUGAGCUUAAAGGAUCGGAUCAGACGCUUACGGCCAAACAACAAGAACCGGCCGUCCCUCCUCUGACAUCAGGCGCCGUCGACGUUGAGGGAGCGCCACACCAGGACCAGAUGUUCUCCGCCAUCCCUUUGCAGCCGCCCAGCCAGCGGGACACGCCCCACGCUCCCGGCCACCCCCUCAGAGCCGCUUCCCUCAGUCAGGGAUCCACCGAGGAGACCAAUCCUGACAUAACACGGGUUGAGGUCUCUAAAGUGACAACAGAGACUCUGACCAACGGGAUCAUGUCCCCGGUGGAUUGCCUGUCUUCGGGUGGAAGCGACGACUCUGCCUCCAGUGGGCGGCGGAUUGCGGCAGAGAUGGAGGGAGAGACACUGGAGCCGACCAACGGGGGUCCGAGGAGGGUGUUGUUCCGCACCCAGCCCAAUGUGCUUUUUCUCAACCUGCGGGACGAGGUGUCGGCCAUCACGCCUUCGCCGCCAGACACCGAUGAGGACGGGGAAGUUCUGAGUUGUAUCCAAAGAUUUAAGGACCGAGGAACAAGUCUCAGAACAAGCACAGACAUCAGCAGGACGGUACCGGAGAGUUCAGAAGAGUCUCUGGCUUAUCGAAGAAAAAGGAACAAGGAGGCGGAAGAGGAGCUGCAUCACAUAUCUGAGAACCUCUCUCAUCGCCUGGAGGAGCUGGAUCUGAUGCUGAAACGAGUCCUGGGAGAAAGCGACGGGUCCCACAGCAGCAGCGGCGGCGUCAAGAGGACCCGUCGGAAGCACACAGAAAAAUCUGAUCCUGACAAGCGGAAGGCCUCCACCUCUCCUCGUCCGGAAUGUCGCUCCUCACACGGCCAGCUGGAGGAGGCCAUGGCGGAGGCGCUGAGCCUGGAUGACGGAAAACAAACGAACCUGCAAGUUCCUCAUCAUUCGAAACGAGGCGAGUCGCACCACAGGCCGUCUCAGAGGAAGCAUCUGGAAAGUGAAGCUUACGAAGAGGAGCUGAGAAGGUGUGAAGAGAGGGAACGAACUGAAAUCCAAAUGGCACGCAGAGGAGCUCAGAAGGCUGAGCGAGAGUACAGAGAGGCCAUUCUGAGAGACGUUUCUCCAUCACCCAAACCAUCUCCUGGCAAAACAAAGACUCAACAAAAAGCACAAACAGCAGCACAGAGACGCUUCGAGGUGCCCAGGAAAACUUCAUCUUUGAGAAUAAAGGAGAACGAGUUGCUCCCUUUGCUGCGGGAGGAGCUGCCUCACCUUCUUGUCUCUCCUCACGCUUUGGGUCGAAUGUGGGAGCAGCAGAUGCAGCAGGUGGACGGGCUGCACGCCGUGUCGUCCUCACGCGAUCCACAUCAUCACAAACUCUGCAAGCAGCUGGAGGAAGCUCAGAGGAAACACGACCUGCUGGUGGAUCUGGUGAACAGAGACCAGGACCACAACAGGCGGCUGAGGGAGUUUAAGGAGCGGAUCCAGAAGCAGAAGUCGGUGCAGAGCAAACUGCGGGAGCAGCGGCAGCAGAUCGCCCGGGCCAAGAAGUACCACAACGACUACCAUGUGCAGCACCGCGCCCGCCUGAUGAGGGCGCGCACCAAGGAGGAGAAGAUGUUUCGGCAGCUGUUCGAGGAAGGUCUGGAGCUACAGAAACUCCGGCUGAGGGAGCAGAGAGCUUAUGCCAAGGAGCAGCAGCUGGAGCACCAGAGACGACAGCAGGACCAGUUCGAGUCCUUGGAGAACUACUACAAGGAUCAGUUUUCAUUACUCGCUGAGAAACUCGCACAUGAGCGGGAGGAGAUCCAGGUUCGGAAAAAAGCUCAAGAAAAGGCUCUGCUGAAAAUGAAGCGAGAGCUGCGCUCCCGGAUGGAGCGCGAAAUAAGAGACCUGCAGAAAAUCAUCAUCCAGAACGACGAGGAUGACCACUUCCAGAACCUGGAGGUCCAGAGGCUGCGCAACCAGGUCCAGAUGGCCUCCUUCCAGUACAACACCAGCUAUCUCCACUGAGCGGGACAAAAAAAACGAAGCCGGCUCAGGUCCAAAUUGGCAUUUGCAUUGAAGGAAAGAGCCGUGUCCGAUUUCUGCUAUUCGCAACUUAACGGUACAAGAAUCUAAUGCACAAACCGUCUCAGGCAUCUUUAUUAUUUUUUUUAGAUUUGCACAGAAAAGAACGUGACCGUUGUGAGAGCGUAAUGUGAGUUUUGUUGUUGAGGAAUUUUACACACACUGACAAAAUGUAGCUCUAACUCAUGUAGCUAACUGUUCCUCUCACCUCUGCUGCUACACCUGAACUUCAGACACUUUGGACCAAGUCCUCCUCCUCUGGUUUAACAACGUGUUGAAUGAUAACGUUUUACCUUCCCCACUGCGGUCGUCGUGUGCUUUUAUUGUAAAAUAGUGACUUGUUCCUCCUGUUGCCAAAUAAGGACCACAGACACAGAGUUGAUAAUAUUGUCACACUGAUGAGUCUUAAGGUUUUCUUCCUUUUACAUGAAAUGUCUUCCUUUUAAUACUUUAACCAUGCAAGUGGAUUAUUUAUUUAAUGUUUGAUUUUUAAUUAACCUGGACUGAUGUCUUAAUCGCCAGGGGCAACGAUAAUCGGUCUGUUUGUGACUUCACUUUAACCUCUGCUUGAUUGUGACUCUUUUCUACUUUUAACCAAAUCCUGAAACGUGAUGAAUCAAUGAUUGUGCCAGCUGAACACCACAUGGAGUGUUUUUGUAAUCCUGGAGCAAACAUGUGUCCCCCACCCUAACAUCCAUUAAAUGUGUGGAAUCACUGGUGGAAAAA